GGUGUUUGUGAAAACUUGCGGAAGCUGGAGAUCACGGGCGUGUCUUGUCGGGACGUCUAUGCGAAGCUGCUUCACCGAUACCGACACAUUCUGGGGCUGUGGCAGCCGGACAUCGGGCCAUAUGGAGGACUGCUGAACGUGGUGGUGGAUGGCUUGUUCAUCAUUGGCUGGAUGUACCUGCCUCCCCAUGACCCGCACGUCGAUGACCCAAUGAGAUUCAAGCCUUUGUUUAGGGUACACCUGAUGGAGCGGAAGUCUGCCACGGUGGAGUGUAUGUAUGGCCACCGAGGGCCCCACAACGGCCACAUCCAGAUCGUGAAGAAGGAUGAGUUCUCUACCAAGUGCAACCAGACGGACCACCACAGGAUGUCUGGAGGGAGGCAGGAGGAGUUCCGAACGUGGUUGAGGGAGGAGUGGGGACGCACGCUGGAGGAUAUUUUCCACGAGCACAUGCAGGAGCUGAUACUGAUGAAGUUCAUCUACACCAGUCAGUACGACAAUUGCCUGACCUAUCGCCGGAUCUACCUCCCGCCCAGCCACCCGGAUGACCUCAUCAAGCCCGGCCUCUUCAAGGGCACCUAUGGCAGCCACGGCCUGGAGAUCGUGAUGCUCAGCUUCCAUGGCAGGCGCGCUAGGGGCACCAAGAUCACGGGUGACCCCAACAUCCCUGCUGGGCAGCAGACGGUGGAGGUAGACCUGAGGCACCGCAUCCAUCUGCCCGAUGUUGAGACCCUUGGCAACUUCAAUGAGCUUUCUCGGAUUGUCCUGGAGGUCCGCGAACAGCUGCGCCAGGAGCAGCAGCAGCAGGAAGGCGGGCAUGAGGCUGGGGAGCUGCAGCCAGGUCCUGCCCAGCCCCGAGGGGAGCUGCUGGCCAGGGGGCCAGAUGGGGCAUCAGCUGGGGAUGGUGCAGCAGCUGUGGCCCAGCAGCCUGCCCCAUCUGGGGAGGCUCAGCCGUUCGUGUUGCCUGUUGGCGUGAGCUCGAGGAACGAGGACUAUCCCCGUGCCUGCAGGAUGUGCUUUUAUGGCACAGGCCUCAUCGCUGGCCACGGCUUCACCAGCCCUGAGCGCACCCCUGGGGUCUUCAUCCUGUUUGACGAGGAUCGCUUCGGGUUCAUCUGGCUGGAGCUGAAGUCCUUCAGCCUAUACAGCCGGGUCCAGGCCACCUUCCGGAACGCGGAUGCACCAUCCCCACAGGCCUUCGACGAGAUGCUCAAGAAUAUUCAGUCCCUUACCUCCUGACCGCCAGGCUCUGCCACGGGAGGCUCCGGGGCUCUGGACUCUGUGAAGAGAAGCAGCAUGCACUUUGCAAAUACAGGCUUUUUACCAGCACGCACACCUUCUUGUCAGGGGUCCCAGCCUGGCAACCCUGAAGCACUGUACCUGUAGUGUGUAACAUGCACUUGUGUAUUUGUCAGUAGCCGUAAUGAGAAAGCUGAGUAUGUCUUGCCAAAAGAAAUGAAAAGAAUGAACCAGAACAGAACUACUGUGGAGGGACGGCUACAGGGACACGUAGGGAAUGGGGCUGAAGAAAUUGUGCGUGUCUUUGGCUUGCUGGCAGUUUUUUAGGGAAAAUGAUCCUCCUUCAGGGAAGUUUUGUCACAGUCAGAAUCCUUUUCCCCUGAGUGGAUAGAACUGGUUUUGUGUGAGAGGUUCCCUCUGGAGGGGGCCAAGCAGCUGUGUUCUGAGAGGUGAUCAGGAGGAUGAACAGUUCAGUCUGGGCAGGUGUGGACGAGACAGUGUGCUUGGAAAGGAGCUCCUGGAAGUCGAUGGAGUAUCAGGGUUGGGGUUGGGAUCAUGGAUUGAAUUCCCAUUUCUCUACUGACUCGCUUGGAUUUUGGACAAAAGCAUUUAACACUGAUCUCGGUUUCUCUAUUAGUGAAAUGGGGUUACCGAUACGGAUUGCUAGGAAAAGUCCUGUGAAUGCUAACCUGGCCCUGGUCUCCCCUGGUAGCCCUGGCUUCUUUUUCUGGCUUUGGAGCCAAGGCCAUCAUUCUAGCCACUUGAUUGUCCCCAACAGCCAGUUGCAGAAAGGGCGUUUGUCUUGCACAUGCCUCCUCCCUCCACUCUUCCCUGCACACACUCUGCUGUCAAAACCGUGAGCUGCCAGUCACUUGUUCCAGAAUGCAAGUCUCCAGGUCACAUGUCUGAAAUGACCCCUGCAUUGGUUUCACUUGAGUGGUUUACACAGGUGCAGUUCUGGGAAGUGUUCCAGCGUCAGAAGUGGUUGCACACAGUGACUUUGAAGCCCCUCUGCAGGUGAGAGGACAGCUUUCUAGAGAAGUCACACCUAUGUAUGGAGGCACACUCUGGACACCAGGGUCUGCUGGGGACCCCAAGUACUGAUGCUCCAUGCUGUGCUAGCACCUGCAUUGGGGGACCUCUGUCUAAGAUCUUGGCUGGUGUUAGUAUCUCCUGAAGGACAGAGACCACAGUGCACAGUCAGCCCCCGCUCCAGCCUGCAGCUAGGUCAGUCCCUGUGUGGACUCCGUGGCAUGUGUCUUCCCUCUGCCUUGUGUAUCCCUGUUGGCUGGACUGCUCCAAGCCCUCGUGCCAGGUACUUAGGACUCAUCCUGCUGGUGAGGGACCCCAGGAAGGUGACAGUCUUGUGGUGCCUUUGUAUAGAGACCAACUUGAGGAUGUCGCCUGAAACAUUUUCCUGGUUAAUUGCUCCCUGACUGGCCUUUAAAAAAAAAAAAACAACAAACCCGUUUCCCUAGCUUCAGUACAUUUGGCAACUUCUUAGUUUGCUUCUCAGAAUCAGAGAAUUGACAAGCUCUGUGGCAGGUCCCCAAACGGCAAACCGACCCUUCCAGGAGGUUCUGUCAAGACUCAGGAAAGAGGCAGGAGGAGAAGGUGGAUCGAGCUGUGCCAGUGACGCCUGCAGUUCGCCUCCCUGAUUCUUGCAGCAGGACCUGCAGUGCGGUCGAGGGCUGGGUCCCAGCUUCUUGCGUCUUUUGCAGGAUUGGCCUAAAAGCUUUGUCAUUCCCUCCCCUCUUUGGUUGUGGCUCUUUUCCUCUUGUGCCAAAUGAGGCAGUUCCCGAGUGAUGCUGACCACAGCUGCGAAGCCUCACGGACAGUGAAAACCCACAACAGCUGGGCGUGUGGGCUGUUGCUCUUUAAGUUUCACUGCUGUUGAAGUAAAAUCAAGAAAACACAUUUUUUUCCAGGAGUGUGAGGCUCGCUCUGAGGGACUGGUCUCCGUGCAGUCAUCUCCUUAGCACUGUACAGAGCACAUUGAUUGAAGAUGAGUACUUCUGAUUAAAAAAACCUCUCAAAUCUAAUAUGUAACCUGCUUCUAGUGUUGGGCAUGUAGACGGUUCCCACUAAUAAUGACUAAGUUGUGGGCUGCUGGCCACUCACAUGGCCCUUGGCUCUGGUGUUGGGUGGGGAGGUAAGAGCCCAUGUGUCUGUCUGGCUGGUGGUGGCCUGUGGGAAUGCCAGGCAGAUCAGACAGCUGUGCAGCCAGGAAGGCAUGGUCUUGUAGUCUGCACAGCUGGUCCCUCCUGACUGCGAGGACAUGCAAGUCGUUCAGAGUACGUGUCUUGUUUUUUCCACACUGAUAUGUCCUCAGCCAGUUCUUGGUUCCAGCUCAGUGGGGACAGUGUGCAGGGACAGUCACAGAUUCUGUGUGUGCCACGGAGACACCAGCAGGCGUCCCUUACAGUAGAGUGCAUCCGCAGACUCCUCAGCUUCUGAUCAGCUCACUCAUCACAGUGACUAUCUGAGAAGGCUGAUGUCACCAUCAGAGGCAUAGAAGUGACCAGGAUUUUGAUAAAACAGGUUCUCAGGAGGAACCUAAGUAACCCAGUUUAGGGAAUGGCUGAGCCCAUAAGGUGCUUGAUUUGGGGAAGGUGGCGGUUGGACCUGGGAGGGUCUUUGGGAUUUUCCCUGUCUUUGCCCUUUGCCGUCUGGCUGCCCUGAGGCUGGACCACCGCCUGUCACAGUUUGCAGCGGCCCAACUCGGCGCAUCUCCACAUGCUUAACGCUCUGCUCUGUGCUGUUUGCUUGCAAAUUAUGGGCUUGAAGAUUUCAGAUGCAAGUUGCUGGAGAUGCUGCUGUGUGGGGCCUAGUGUUCAUGUGCAUGGGUAUGUUGCAGAUGACUUUAUUUUGGGGCCACAUAAUAAGGGCCUGCAGGAUUGGGAUAUAUCGGCCCAUCUGGGCUCAGACCUCCAACAUCUACUGCUGAGUGUGAGUAGCCUUGGAGGCCUCGUGGCAGGAGAGUUUCAAGCACCUUUUUCCCUAUUCCAAACUGUGGCCACCCUUCCUGCCCUCGUCCGGCCCUUCAGUCUAGUUGCAGCUCUGCAGUGUCCUGCUCCUCUUUUCCCCACUCAGAUCUUGAUGUCUGCGUCCCUAGCAAGUCCACUUGGCAAGCAACGAGGGAGGGGAGCUGAGCAGUGGCCAUCCUCUAUCCAGAUGCCCUGCCGGGCUCCUGCAUACUCGACGUCACGCAGAACAAGUUGAGUGGUUUGCACGCUAGGCAGUGGGCUCUCAGUACCCCCAAUUCUUCAGGGGCUUGUUCUCAUUUGUGUGUUGCCCACCAUGAGGUCAGUUUUUAGAGCCCACAUACAGUAAUGGGGAGGAACAAAACCCGACUCAGUCCCUUUGGUAUUUCAUGAAGUCCCAGUCACUUGAGUUUCCCAAGCCCAUGUCCUCCUCUUCCUCAUGACCAUGGAGUCGUGUGUGCAUGGGACACAUGGAGCCAUGUGGUUUGUGGCACAAGGCUCUGAGCACAGCAGCUGGGCUGUGGGGACCCUCUCUGUUCUGCUUGCUGCCAUCAUGUUCUGACUCUUGAGGGUGCUGUGGGACUGUGCUCAGGUAACCGUCACCCAGCUUGGGCAUGAAACUCCCCACUGUGUUAUCCAUCCCAGUGUGAACACAGAGUAGCCUCUCUGUCUCUAUUUCUAGGGGAGGUCAACAGUGUGAUGUGCCUGUGUGUCUUCAGAAUGAGAGUAGAGGAAAGCAGGAGAAGCUCCAUGUGGCACUUUGAAUGGGAGUGGCUGUGCCGUGGUACUGAGCACUGUGGCUCGCCACCCAGUCGCCUGUGUGGCCAGCCUUCGGGGGCUAGUGCCAAGCAGUGACAGGCAGGCACUGGCAGGAAGGCGCUUGCUCAUCUGGAUCCUUUCUGUAUUCACAGGAAGACCAGCCAGAACAUGUACAGGGGUCAGAAUCUUUUUUUUUUUUUAGCAUAAUUCUGCUUUUGGUUUUUUGAGAUCACUACUUGGAGAAGAGAAACACUUAGACACUAUUUAAUCUUGAACUCCUCCAAGCCCUUGACUGAUAAAGAUGACACCUGCAGUGGGAGUUGCAGCCACUCAUUGUCAGCUCGGGUGUGCCCAGGGCCAACAAGCAGGGAGGACCCUGGGAGCAGCUACUCUAUGCCUGGGGCCGGGUGUCACCACCUGGGAUCUGUGUGGUUGUGUUUCUCCUUUCAGUUUUGAAUAAAUUUGUUUUUGAAACCA